AUGCUACACCUGCUGAAGAAAAUGAUGAACCUUGGACUGAGGAGCCGUAGCCUGGGCUCCAGCUGCAUUUCCGCUGGCGCUGGGCGGGUGAGGCGUUUCCUGUUGUUGUCGCUGCUGCCGCCGGCCCCAUCCAGCGCCGUGCCACGCUGCCCGGGUCCAACUCCCGCAAUCUCCAGACAUCCGCACCUUCCCGCGCUGUCGGCUCUGUCAGCGCCGCUGUCCUGCGUCGUAGUCGCGGUGCCCGGGGAGAAACUGAGGCCCGGAGGAGGACGGGGAGAGCCGGCGGAGGUCAGCCCGGAUGAUCCGGGCCCGGCUCCUGGCUCCGUGUCCGGCCCCUCCGCCGGGUGCGGAUCUCUCGGGAGGCGGGUCCUCGAGAAAGGGGCCCCGGGUCCGAUCCCCCGCCCUCAGCCCGCCCGCGGGGAAGACUCCGGUCGCGCUAACGACCAGCAGCGGGUCCGGCGACGCGCGGGCCGCGCAGCCGCUUGUGUUCCCGGGCCCGAGGGGCGCCCCGGACCCCGCGGUUUUCACGCACUCACCCACCCCCGGCUCCGGGCCUUGAGUCCCCCAGAGCCGUUCAUCGGUUGCCUACGGAGUGACCUGAGGAGUGUGAACCCGUUUUGGCGUCACCUGUCUUUAACGGAGUGUGAAAGCCCGGGUUGUGCAGAGCGGUUGUCUGAGCUUUCAGGCCGUGCGGGCUCUGCUCUCUUGGGAGCAGAUGGAGACUGUCCUUUGGACGGCUUUGCGGGCGGUGCCGCAGGCAGCACCCCUUUCUGCCCUGCAGGACCCUGA